CCAGAUGAAGAAGCUGUGGUGGAUCAGGGUGGGACCAGUACAAUUCUCAACAUUCACUAUGAGAAAGAAGAGUUGGAAGGUCACAGGACUCUGUAUGUGGGAGUUCAUAUGCCACUGGGACGGCAGAGCCAUCGGCACCACCGAACCCAUGGCCAGAAGCAUCGGAGACGAGGGCGGGGCAAAGGAGCCAGUCAGGGAGAGGAAGGCCCCGAGGCUCUGGCCCAUGACACGCCAUCUCAGCGUGUUCAGUUCAUUCUUGGCACUGAGGAAGAUGACGAGCAUGUGCCUCACGAGCUAUUCACAGAGCUGGAUGAGAUCUGUAUGAAAGAGGGAGAAGACGCUGAGUGGAAGGAGACAGCCAGGUGGCUCAAAUUUGAAGAAGAUGUUGAGGAUGGGGGAGAACGCUGGAGCAAGCCUUACGUGGCAACGCUUUCAUUGCAUAGUCUCUUUGAACUAAGGAGCUGUCUUAUUAAUGGAACGGUUCUUCUGGAUAUGCGUGCAAAUAGCCUAGAAGAAAUUUCAGACCUGAUCCUAGACCAACAAGAACUGUCCAGUGACCUGAAUGAUAGCAUGAGGGUUAAAGUGCGGGAAGCCCUCCUUAAAAAGCAUCAUCAUCAGAAUGAAAAGAAGAGAAAUAACCUCAUUCCCAUUGUUCGCUCCUUUGCUGAGGUUGGCAAGAAGCAGUCUGAUCCACAUUCAAUGGAUAAAAAUGGUCAAACUGUGUCUCCUCAGUCUGUUCCAACUACACAUCUUGAAGUAAAAAAUGGAGUGAAUUGUGAACACAGUCCUGUAGAUUUCAGCAAGGUGGACCUUCAUUUUAUGAAAAAAAUACCCACUGGGGCAGAGGCCUCAAAUGUUCUGGUUGGAGAAGUAGACACUUUGGAUCGCCCCAUUGUUGCCUUUGUAAGGCUAUCCCCAGCUGUCCUCCUCUCAGGCCUGACAGAAGUGCCCAUACCAACCAGAUUUUUGUUUAUCCUACUGGGUCCAGUAGGGAAAGGCCAGCAAUACCAUGAGAUUGGCAGAUCUAUGGCCACCAUCAUGACAGAUGAAAUUUUUCAUGAUGUGGCAUAUAAGGCAAAAGAGCGAGAUGAUCUCCUGGCAGGUAUUGAUGAGUUCCUCGACCAGGUGACAGUACUACCUCCAGGGGAGUGGGACCCCUCCAUUAGAAUUGAGCCACCCAAAAAUGUCCCUUCUCAGGAGAAAAGGAAAAUGCCUGGAGUUCCAAAUGGAAACAUUUGUCACAUAGAACCAGAACCACAUGGAGGCCACAGUGGUCCAGAACUUCAGCGCACAGGGCGGUUAUUUGGGGGCUUAGUGCUGGACAUCAAGCGAAAGGCCCCUUGGUAUUGGAGUGACUACCGGGAUGCACUCAGCUUACAGUGCUUGGCUUCGUUUCUGUUCCUGUACUGUGCUUGCAUGUCACCUGUCAUCACCUUUGGGGGAUUGCUUGGAGAAGCCACUGAGGGGCGCAUAAGUGCAAUUGAAUCCUUAUUUGGAGCCUCCAUGACAGGAAUUGCUUAUUCCUUGUUUGCGGGACAGGCUCUCACCAUUCUAGGAAGUACUGGGCCAGUCCUUGUGUUUGAAAAAAUUUUGUUCAAAUUCUGCAAAGACUAUUCUCUUUCAUACCUCUCACUGCGAGCUUGUAUAGGACUGUGGACCGCCUUCCUGUGUAUUGUCCUUGUGGCAACUGAUGCCAGUUCCCUUGUCUGCUACAUUACCCGCUUCACUGAGGAAGCUUUCGCCUCCCUGAUUUGCAUUAUUUUCAUCUAUGAAGCAAUAGAAAAGUUGAUUCACCUGGCAGAGACCUACCCUAUCCACAUGCACAGCCAGUUGGACCACCUUAGCCUGUAUUACUGCAGGUGUACUAUCCCAGAGAAUCCUAACAAUCACACUCUACAGUAUUGGAAGGACCAUAACAUUGUGACAGCAGAAGUUCACUGGGCUAACCUUACUGUCACUGAAUGCCAGGAAAUGCAUGGAGAGUUCAUGGGUUCUGCGUGUGGCCGUCAUGGACCUUACACUCCUGAUGUGCUCUUCUGGUCCUGCAUUCUCUUUUUCACCACCUUCAUCCUUUCAAGUACCUUAAAGACAUUUAAGACAAGCCGCUAUUUCCCAACCAGAGUACGCUCCAUGGUGAGUGACUUUGCAGUUUUCCUUACUAUCUUCACUAUGGUGAUUGUUGAUUUUUUGAUUGGAGUUCCAUCACCAAAGCUUCAAGUUCCCAGUGUGUUCAAGCCAACAAGGGAUGAUCGAGGGUGGAUUAUUAGUCCCAUUGGCCCCAAUCCCUGGUGGACUGUAAUAGCAGCAAUUAUCCCAGCACUUCUCUGUACUAUCUUAAUAUUCAUGGACCAGCAGAUCACAGCUGUCAUCAUUAAUAGGAAGGAACACAAGCUCAAGAAAGGCUGUGGCUACCACUUGGACUUGUUGAUGGUGGCCAUAAUGCUGGGUGUCUGCUCCAUCAUGGGCCUUCCCUGGUUUGUGGCUGCAACUGUCCUGUCUAUCACACAUGUGAACAGUCUCAAACUGGAAUCUGAGUGCUCUGCUCCUGGAGAACAACCUAAAUUCUUGGGUAUUCGAGAGCAGAGAGUAACAGGUCUUAUGAUCUUUGUGUUGAUGGGCUGCUCAGUCUUCAUGACAGCUGUAUUAAAGUUUAUCCCGAUGCCAGUCCUCUAUGGAGUUUUCCUCUACAUGGGUGUUUCUUCACUACAGGGAAUUCAGUUCUUUGAUCGUCUGAAGCUCUUUGGGAUGCCUGCAAAGCACCAGCCAGACUUUAUCUACCUUCGGCAUGUGCCACUACGCAAAGUCCAUCUCUUCACCCUGAUUCAGCUGACCUGCCUUGUCCUGCUCUGGGUCAUCAAGGCAUCUCCAGCUGCCAUUGUCUUUCCAAUGAUGGUUUUGGCCUUGGUCUUUGUCAGAAAAGUCAUGGAUUUCUGUUUCACUAAGCGAGAGCUGAGCUGGUUAGAUGAUCUCAUGCCUGAAAGUAAAAAGAAGAAGCUGGAUGAUGCCAAAAAGAAGGCCAAGGAGGAAGAGGAGGCUGAGAAAAUGUUAGAAAUGGGAGGAGACAAAUUCCCCUUAGAGAGCAGGAAGUUACUUAGUAGUCCUGGAAAGAACAACAGUUUCAGAUGUGACCCCUCCGAAAUUAAUAUAUCUGAUGAAAUGCCUAAAACCACGGUCUGGAAAACUCUCAGUAUGAAUUCUGGAAAUACAAAGGAAAAGAGUCUCUUCAACUAAAAGUUUUUGCUGGGAUGGAAGAUUUGGACCAUGAGGUGCCUCAAGGAAGUUCUGAAAACAGAGAAGAUGGUGAGUCUCUCAAAGAAGAAGCAAGACCAUUGUCUGACUAUGUCUUUGCUCAUGUCAAAGCCAUAAUGAAGCAUUCAGUUAUUCAUGGCGUGUGUGGGAGGGCAUCCAGCUAUCCCCAUAGCAUCCGCCCAUCACCAAAUGUGAAUGUGUAAGAAGACCAUCUCCUGUUGGUACGUCUCUUCCUUCUUUUUCAUCAGAACUGCCACCAUUGAAGACCCAGCUUCCCAUGUUUAAGACAUUUUCCCUGAAACUCUCUGCUGGUCUGCUGAGCCAUCUGGAUCCAUUCUGCCACUAAGAAUUUCUUUAAUGAAGUCCCUCUUCCUAAAGGAUGGGGUGGUGGAGCAAGAGAAGAGCAGAGAGAAAAGGAAAGAUUCUUAAGUCUCAUAGAAUCUGCAGACUCCUAGGCAGUACUGGGCCAGGGUUAUUUUAUUACUUUUUUUUUUUUUUGUCUGUCUACUCUGAGGGAUGCUGGUCAGACUCAGAGGCUUUCCAGGAGGUUUUGCUACCAGGAGGAUGAGGCAUCUGGGCAUUGGUAGUGCCACCUCCAUAGUUAGGAAGAUGCCACUGACUUUGGGUGCACCUUCAUCACUUACUAAUUACAGCUUGCAUACCUCAAUGAGAACCUUGGAUGAUGAAAGGGCCAAGAGGGACACUAUUUAGUUUAGACAUGAAAAGACUCAGGGGAAAAUCAUUGCUAGUAGAGGAUGAAUAGCCUCUCAUGGUUUCACUAAGGAGAGAUUAGAGAAUGAACUUAAAUUACUACAGAAGGAUUUGGGGUAGAUACUAGAAAAGGUUUCCUAAAGAUUUGUCAUAAUGUCUGUUUUGUAGAUACCUAAGAGAAGUUUGAUAAUAGUUAUAGGAAGGGAGAUAAGGUGUUUUUAUUGGCCUUGUUGUGGAAACAUCCACGACUUGCGGCUGUCUCUUGAGGACAUACUCUAAUUCCAUUCCUGGAGACAUCCAAGUGCUUAUGUAACAUCUACUUAGUUGCCUUAGUAGUGAACCAUCAGCUCAAUGGACCAAAACUACCAUCAGCCAUGAGGUUUCUUCAUCAUUUUAAAUUUCUUUUUGUUGGUAACUAUUCUAGUUCUCAAAUAUAGAAAGCCACACUGGAAACUGAGCUUUUAAGUGGGGAAAUUAAUUUUGACAUUGACUUUAUGGUGAUAUUUAUACUCUCUGCAAUGAGUAUCAAGGGCUUGAGAUCCAGUAUGUAUAGACAUUCUCUUCCUCUGUGCACAGAAAAUGAGUAGUAAGCUUGACAGUAUGCAGGGAAUCCUAUUCCAUGAGUUUUACAUGGCAGAAAAUCUUCAUGCAUUGGAUGAUCACUGAACAUGCUUUUCUUUUAUAGAUGAAGGUUGGCUCUAUCACUUUGUUCAAUUUUGCAUUCCUUGGACUCUUAAAAUGUAAUUCUGUAUUCUAGUCUUAUGCUAAAGACCUUUGAUGUUGAAGGAGUCAUGCACUUCUUUAAUAUCUCUUAUUUCUUGGAACUACAAUUACUUUAGUAGACAGAUAAUUUUCAAAAUAUUUAACAACUGGCACAGGGUGGACACCAGCCACUCAGAAUGGAUACCUGCUGUGAGCAAGCAGUAUGUAGGCUGAAUCAUUGCCUAUUAGCUGAACACCACACUGCUUUCAAAUAUUAAAAUGGCAUAUCCAUUUUAAUUAUGGGUAGUGUUCUAGUUUUAUCUAUUUCCUACUCACAGGACUGUUUUAGGGGGUAUCAGUAGCUUCUUUUCAUAUGGUGCAGAUAGAACCAGGGAUACUUCUUUGAACUUUGAAGGAUAUCAGCAUAUUUAUGUGCCAGACUUUCACAUCUUAUUCUUCAGGAUAAAUGAAUAAUUGUACCCAACUACCUAUCUAAUUUAGGAAAGGCAAAAGGAAGCCUGUUAAUGGGGAAAGCUUUCUUGCUGACUUUUCCUGUCUCUAUCUCCUUGGUCUUGCCUCUUUUUUUCUUCUUUGCUCCUUGAGACUAUCUCCCCUUUCUUCUUCCAUCUUGUUUGCCUCUCUCAUCUUUUUGUAGGGAGCUUAGUGAGUGCUUGAUCUGUUCCCCUACCCCAGAAAAAAAGAAUGUAACAGAGAAGAGUUCAUCAUGCAACAGAAAGGAAUAACACCAUCAUUCAGAGAAUCUUUUUCCUAAUACAUCAUGUUUUAUGAUGCCUUGUAUGUGGUUAAGCUUCUUGAAAGGAAUUGUCUUUGUUAAUUCUGUGUACUCAGCUAUAGGGCUACAUUUACACUUUCUAGUUCUUCCCAGGCCAGAUGCUUCUUGGUUACUGUGCAUUUGGCAUGUUCUCCACUUUUGGAGAUACUAGAUUUUCUCAAGCAAUAGCUUAACAUCUGCUACAUAUCAAUGAGAAGAAGCAUCCCCUACUCUUACUCUCUUUCCCCCCAACUCCUGUUAAGCAUUUGACUGUAGUCCUGGAUGCUUCCUUGCCCAGAUCUGUGACUGGUGACUAUGACAUAGAGCUAGUCUGGGAAAUGUUUAGGGUAGGAACCUGGGAGUAGAGGUGAAGCACCAGCAGUGUGGUCUAUGCAUUUACAUAUACAUGGAUGUGUUAAGCAAACAGAUUUACCCAUUAGAUUUUAUCACUAUUAAACAGCUUUGUGCACCUAACUGUGAGGACAUUCUCCACAAACGGUCACUCUCCCUCCUAUAGGUUCCUAUCUGAGGCUUCUCUAAUAGAAGACCUUCAGAACAAAUAUUAUGAGUCUACUAAAAAAAGGUGUUUAGAUUCAACAUUAAAGAGAAAGUGAUUUGGGGAUGGAAAGCAAAGUAGGAAGUUGAAUGAUUUCUAUGCCUUGGUCUGCUUGGGCUUGCCUACAAGUGGCCUGCCUCUAUGCUGACAAGGAGAGGUUUCAGCAAAGGUUUAAAAAUGACAAUCCAAUGGCCUAAUGACCUGUAAACAUAGGAAGGGAGGAAGACUGGAAUAUUCUAGAGGUUGAAGAAAAUGAUGAUGAAGAGUUGCUCUAGAGAGAAAGUAGAAAUAUGUUGUGAAAAUUUCAAAUAUGUUUCAUGUCAAAUAUGCAGGCUAGUUCUCUCUAGAUAUACAAUGAUUCCAGAUUUUCAUGAUAGGAUCUUCAGAUCUGGUCCUAUUCCCUUCUCCUUGUUCAUGCAAAUCUCCCACUAGGGAAGAGGGGCAAUAGCCAUGUAUUUCCAAAGACAGUGUGAAUAGUUGUUUCUCUUUGUCUGAGAUGUGAGUGGCUUUUAAAUUCAUCAUGAGUGGUUUAUUAAAAUCUAGUAAAUGCUAGAUUUUAAAUAGUAAAUCCUCAAACUUGGUUGACAUCUCAGGCUUUGAAACAUGACCUUCAAGAGAUCUCUUGGUUUUAGUAUUCUGCUUUCUAGUUAUCCAAAAAAGGCAAUUCCAAGUUUCAUUGUAUUUUCAACCUACUCAACUCUGCACAUUUCCUCAUCACAGAGGAGUUGACUAUUGUCCUGUCAAUUUCACUGUUAGGUUCUCCGUACACAGGAGUGACUUUCCUUUGAAUUGUAUGCUUUUUCUGCUGCUUCAUCAACUUCUCUAAAUCUCUUUUUCUUUUCUUUCUUUCCUUCUUUCUUUCUUUCUUUCUUUCCUUCUUUUUCUUUGCAAGAGAGUCGCACAUCAUCCUAGGAAUUGAAACUCUCUUUGCCAGUUUGUUGUCACAUUUUCCUCAGACCUCAGGUUUCCAAGCCACAUCCUGGCAGGACCUUUAGGGUCCCUCUAUUGCAUGUCCUCAGCCUGCCUUCCUUUUCUUUUGUAAACCUUUUAUUUUAUUUUAUUUUAUUUUACUUUUGGUAAAGACAGAGAAAUUGAGAAGGAAAGGGGAGACAGAGAGCGAAAAAGACACCUACAGCACUGCUUUGCCACUUGUGAAGCUUCUCUGCAGGUGGGGUGGGGAUUUGGAACUUGAACCUGGGUCCUUGCUUAUGGUAACAUGAGUGCUUAAAUGGGUGCAUCACCACCUGGCCCCUCUUCUUUACUUUCAUUUGGGAGCUGUUGGAGAUCCCACAGACAGAAAUCAUUCCUAUGGAACCUGCUGACCAAGUGAUACAUCAUUGCAUCACCCCCACCCCCAGCCCUUUACUGAAUUGACUUCUUCAUGCAUCUUUUCCUCCUUCAAGAACUCCUUCAUCCUUUCUGUUUUGUCUUCAAUCCUUCAAGUUCUCCUUGGAAGGAAGAAGUUCAUGGUGAGAUGUUAUAAAAACCAUCAUCAUUUGGGCAUGAGGAGAGAUAUGAAGAUAGCCUGGGUUUUUGUUUUUUUUUUUUUUAAAUUUAAUUUAAUUUAUUUAUUCCCUUUUGUUGCCCUUGUUGUUUUAUUGUUGUAGUUAUUAUUGAUGUCGUUGUUGUUGGAUAGGACAGAGAGAAAUGGAGAGGGGAGGGGAAGACAGAGAGGGGGAGAGAAAGACAGACAGACACCUGCAAACCUGCUUCACUGCCUGUGAAGGGACCUGCCUGCAGGUGGGGAACUGGGGGCUCGAACCGGGAUCCUGACGCCGGUCCUUGAGCUUAGCGCCACCUGCGCUUAACCCGCUGUGCUACAGCCUG